CGGAGCCGAUGCUGUUCCACACUGGCACAGCAAUUGCUUAGCUGCUGCUUUCCCUGUCUCUCCUUGUUCCGCUCUUUCUUCUUCUUCCCUCUCUUUCUCUCCUCUCUCCCUCUCUCUCUCCUCUUCUUUUUUUCAUUUUGGCUUCUAUUCAAAUGUGGGUCAGGGGUGAGCGGCUCCCAACGUCACAAGCUUGCAAGAUGGCGCUGGGAGGAAGGCUGUGAGAUGAGGAACAGGCUGGUAUAAACCGAGAGGACAGGAGAGGGAGAGGAGGAGAGGGGAAGGGGAAGAAAAGCUGCUGCUCCAGAUGCAAUAAGAAGCGUCCCUGCUGGUUCUCCAUUCUGCAUCCGUGCAGCCACGUUCUAUUGAUGGCCUGUUGUGAUUUCAAUGGAACAUCAUGGGAUGUACCUGGCACGUCGGGCAGCACUGGAUGGAGGUGCCUUUAGCCCAAUGUACCUGGCAUGGUGGUAAGGUGAAGGUGAGAGGAAGAGAAGGUGGAGAUGGAACUGCCAAAUCAUGCCAAACAACUGCUACUGCAGCUGAACCAGCAACGAGCCAAAGGUUUCCUCUGUGAUGUGAUCAUCGUGGUAGAAAAUGCCCUGUUUCGCGCCCAUAAGAACAUCCUGGCAGCCAGCAGCAUGUAUUUCAAAUCCCUUGUCCUGCAUGACAACCUGAUAAACUUAGACACGGACAUGGUGAACCCCACCGUGUUCCGGCAGAUCCUGGACUUUAUUUAUACUGGUAAGCUCUUAACGACUGACCAGCCUGGUGAACAGAACUUUAACGCUCUCCUCACCGCAGCAAGCUACCUCCAACUGCACGACCUGGCAGCUCUCUGCAGAAAGAAGCUGAAGCGGAACGGCAAGUCCUUUGCUGGCAAGGCCGGUGGCCUUGGUGUCGGGAGAUCUGCCAGGAGUCAAAGACUUUCCACUGCUUCAGUCAUCCAAGCUCGCUAUUCAGGGUCAAACGAGGGGUUGAAGGGCUCGCACUCAAAGGAGCUGUCAAAGGGAAAGCUCUCCGAUGACGAGGUCUUCAUCAGCAGCUCCAACCAAGAGAACUGUCACUCCUUAAGCAGGGGAGCCAGCAAGAACGGCGGUGGGGGCAGCAGCGCCAACGGGAGCACCGGUGACCAGGAGCUCGGCCUCGACCUGUCCAAGAAAAGCCCGUCGCUCCCUGUCGCAGCCUCCCACGAUGACACGCAGCACAGCGAAAGCCAGCACGGCUCUCCCCAAUCUGCCUCAGCCCCUGCAGCCAACAGUGCCUCAUCGUUCGACGAGUCCGGGGUCGGAGCCCCGCACAGCAUGGCGGACAGCAGCGACCCCAUGGAGAUGGAUCUGAGCGAGGAGUGCCACCACGCCCUGACGGAGGGCAGCCAGCGCAAGGGCCUCCGGCACUCGUCCCGCAAGAAGGAGUGGAUCAAGAAGGACAACGCCUUCGACCGGAAGGAGGGGAGCAAAGACAGGGACGAGGGCGAAGGGCUGCCCAAUGGUAUUCUGCUGGGGCCCUUGUCCAAGUCUGUGGAGAGGAGUCUGGCCGGGGCCUACGGCGCAGACCUGCCCUACCCCUGUAAGGAGGAGGUGGAAAACGGCAAGGAGAACAGUGACGACAGUGGCCAGAGCGAGAGCGAGAGCGGCGGCCACACCAGUGCCAACUACGUCUACCGGCAGGAGGGGUUCGAGCCAGUGGCCUACGGUGACAACCUGUACGUCUGCAUCCCCUGUGGCAAAGGCUUCCCGAGCUCGGAGCAGCUCAACGCCCACGUGGAAACGCACACCGAGGAAGACCUUUACAUCAAGGAGGAAGGCACAUACGGCAGCAAGGAUGAAGCCGAGGAUUUGUCCAACCCCAACCAAUCCUACGCUGCGGAGUCCCGGCCCUUCAAGUGCUCAGUGUGUGAGAAGAGCUACAAGGAUCCAGCCACGCUGCGGCAGCACGAGAAGACUCACUGGCUGACGCGGCCCUUCCCUUGCAACAUCUGCGGCAAGAUGUUCACGCAGCGGGGCACCAUGACACGGCACAUGCGCAGCCACCUGGGGCUCAAGCCCUUUGCCUGCGAGGAAUGUGGGAUGCGCUUUACCCGGCAGUACCGACUAACAGAGCAUAUGCGUGUCCACUCAGGAGAAAAACCUUACGAAUGUCAACUGUGUGGUGGGAAAUUCACCCAGCAGCGCAAUCUGAUCAGCCACCUGCGAAUGCAUACCUCUCCCACAUAAGCCAAAGACUCCAGAAUGAGCUUCGAGCCCAUCCGCAGUGAUUUACCUUUCUGUAGACUUGCUGCUUAAAA